CAUACAUUACAGGGAUACUCAGCCAUCAAAAUGCCUGUCGAAUUCAUCAGCGCCACGUUUCUCAAUCAAUCAACGGAGUUGAAUCCCAUUCCCGGAGCACCAAUCGAUCGGGAAUAUGUCGAACGGUAUGCUCGUGCUCUAGAUGACUACGAGUUCAACUAUACACUUGUCCCAUAUGACUCAUCAUACUUCGACCCAUGGACCGUCGGAGCGACCAUUGCUGCUCUGACUAAGAAACUCAAGGUGAUCAUCGCUGUCCGCCCCAACACACUGUACCCAACAGUGGCAGCCAAAGCUCUAGCCACACUCGAUCAACUCAGUGGAGGCCGGGCCGUCGUGCAUUUCAUCGCUGGUGGAAGUGACGUCGAACAAGCACGAGAAGGUGACUUCUUAACCAAAGACCAACGCUACGCCCGUCUCGAAGAGUACAUCAAGAUCCUGAAACGAGCAUGGUCAUCGACAGAGGCAUUCGACUGGGAUGGUCAGUAUUAUCAAUUCAAGCAAUUCCGAAGCUUCGUUCGUCCCGUCAAUGGCAAAUCCAUCCCUGUGUCCGUCGGCGGCUCGUCCGACGAGGCAUAUCGCGUUGGCGGGUCAUUGGCCGAUAUCUUUGGUCUUUGGGGCGAGCCACUUAAGGAGACAAAAGAGCAAAUCGACAAGAUCUACGCUGCGGCUGAGAAGGCUGGCCGAGCUCCGGGCGACAGACCUCGUAUUUGGGUGACGUUCCGGCCCAUCGUGGCUGAGACUGAGGAGCUGGCUUGGGCGAAAGCCCACCGUACUCUUGAGGCCCUGGAGUCAAACUCAGCGAAUGGGAAACCUAUUUUUGGUGCCAGUCAGGCGGCCAGUACGGCCAAUGCUCCUGAGCCGCAGAAUGUGGGUUCGCAACGACUUUUGGCUAUUGCGAAGAAAGGAGAGGUUCAGGAUCGUGCUUUGUGGUACCCUACCGUGACAGCAACGAAUGCUCGUGGCGCUUCGACUGCUUUGGUUGGGUCAUACCAGACGGUGACGGAUGCGAUCCUGGACUAUACAAAUUUGGGUGCUGAGCUGAUCUCCAUUCGUGGUUAUGACAAUCUCAACGAUGCGAUUGAUUAUGGUAGGUAUAUCUUGCCAAAGGUCCGUGCUGGACUUGUAGAGCAGGCAAAGAACGGUGAGAAUGGAGCGAACGGCACAAACGGUAGCUCGACGACUUCUUGAUGAGAUACAUGGCCCCUGAGAGGUAGUUAUGAUACCUAGUAUGUUCGGGUGAGAGAUUGGUUCCUGUCACAAGACUGAGGAAGUCAAGGGCGGAGACAGCAUUUUAAGAGAUCUUCGAUGCAGACUGGGCAGAAUCAUGUGUGGGAAAUGACUCCCGACAGCAUCUUCAUACCUAUCAAAUAAAUGAUCGAUAGAUAAUCGCAC